UUAUUAUUAAUAGCUAUACUUUGAAAACAUCAUCCAAAAAGACCCUUUCAAAGUAAAAAAAAGUUGAGAAUAAAUAAUGUGGCAGAAUCAUAGCCAAAAUUCUUCCUUUAGAGAAUCCAUCAAAGCCCUUGAAGCUGAUGUUCAACAUGCCAAUACUAUGGCAGCGGCUCUUCCCCGGGAUCUCGAUGGGGAUUGUGUUCAGAUGAAAGUUUCCUAUGGUUUUCUCGCCCCCUUCUUGCUGUUUCUGAUAGAAUGGAUGGACUAUAGUUGUUUAGAUACUCUAGCUAGUUGCUUAGGACUCCUUCACAUUCUUGUUUACAAGGUUUAUGUUGAUGGAAUGCCAACAAUGCCCCCACAAGAAAGGAAGGCCACAAUUAGAGAAUUCUACGCCAUUAUAUAUCCUUCACUAAAGCAGCUGGAGGGGAAUUUAGUGGAAUUAAUGAAGGAGAAUACUAAAGUAACUCAACUCUUGAACACUUCAAAUGGAAGAGUGGAAGAGAAAAGACAGUCAUGUAAAAGUAUUCCGGGAGAAGAAGAAGAAUGUGGUAUAUGCAUGGAGACUGGCUCCAAGAUAGUUUUGCCUAAUUGUAGCCAUUCCAUGUGUGUUGGCUGUUUCCACGACUGGUACAUCCGGUCUCAAUCAUGCCCUUUUUGUCGAGGUAGUCUAACGAGAGUAAACUCCAGAGACUUGUGGGUUCUAACUAGUGACUGUGAUGUGGUUGAUAGCACCACUGUAGAGCAGGAGAAUGUAAGGCGGUUCUACCUUUAUAUUGAUAAGUUGCCACUUGCCGUCCCUGACACCAAUGUAAUGCUUUACGAUUACAUGAUAUAGACUUGGAAGUGGAAGCACUAUAUCAUGCAUGCAUUCUAGCUGACCUACUUCAGCUGAAUAAAGGGUCUAACUUGUAUUGUACAUAGUUAACGAAACUACUAGCUAGCUAUCCAUACUGCAAACUCAAAGCUACAGAGCCGAGGCGUCUGUGGAAUGACUAAUCUUCACACAUGUUUGCUCGGUGCAGUUAUCUGACUAGUUUGAGCUAAAUUAUGUAUAGAGUCAUGAAAGUAGAAAGUAUAGAGAUAUUCCUGACAUUCAACUCAGUAUUUUUUGGAACCUGGGUGUUGAAAUGGGAAGACAAAAGACUAAAUGUCUUUUGGCAAAUGCUGCUUGUUAUGCUUGUACAGUAUUUUAC